GAUAGCUACACACAACCCACACAUAUGUACUGCCCUGAUCCCUUUCUUCCUUCUACUAUAAAUCCAUGGCCUGCUUAACACAAACUUCAUCUCAUCGGCAAGCAACAUCAAAGUCUACUCCACACCUUCAGACUUUCAGAACCAAAGUGAAAUUUAGGUAGCCAGGAACACACCAGGUUCAACCAUGAUCCAUCCAAAGAAGCUUGCUCAGCUUGCCAAGAAGUGGCAGAGGAAGGUCGCAGCCGGAGCCGGUGGCCAGCAAGCCGAUGAGUGCUGCAGCACGGCAUCCAUCGCUGACAAGGGCCAUUGCGUGGUGUACACCGCCGACGGAGCGCGGUUUGAGGUCCCGCUGGCAUACCUCGGCACGACGGUUUUUGGUGAACUCCUGAGGAUGGCUGGGGAGGAGUUUGGCUUCGCGAGCAGCGAGGGAGGCAGGAUCAUGCUGCCCUGUGAUGCCAUGGUUAUGGAGUAUGUCUUGUGCCUGGUCAGAAGAGAUGCCUCCCAGGAGGUUGAGAGAGCGUUCUUGAGCUCCAUUGCUGGGCAUUGUCUCAACCAAGAUGCAUCGAUGGGACUCACCCAUCAAUUUUCUCUUUGUACGUAGCUUAGCUGCUGAAACUCUGAAGUAUUUUUGGUCGAAUCACAAGAACGCUGUACAGUGUAAUAUAAGAUUCUAUUAUCGAAGGUAAGAAUACAAGAUAUAUCCUUAUUUCUGAA